AUGCCUGGCAUUGUGGAAACUUUCCACGAAAUCCUACAUAGCUUCCCAGACUAUGCAACGCCAGUGGCAAUCAUCAAGGCAUUAAUUACACACAUCUCCCAGUCAUCUGGUAUUGCCAUUCUUUUAUGUUUAGAGGAGAACACCAUGGCUGAAUUCACCAUUGCCCUGGAGCGACUUACAGGCGAGCUCUUGCGCGCCCUGAAGGGCAAGAUCUCUGUGCGCGCAGGGUGCGAGCUUUUCUCUCGAUUCGCAGCUCGGAUGGCCUCGGAAGACACAGGUGAUGAUUUCCAAGCGUUUAAAACGUCGCUCGUGCAGCGGGCCAAUUCUUUCGUGGAAAGUUCCUCGUCACAUCGCCAAAAAAUAUCCACAUACGGGCUUCAAUUCAUUCCCGAUAAUUCCAAAAUCCUGGUUCAUUCAUAUUCACGUGCCGUCAUUCAAUUGCUGGAGGAGGCUUCCAAGGACCGUCGGUUCUUUGUCUUUGUGACGGAAACGCGUCCAGGAAACCAUGGGGAAAUGCAGGCCCAUUUACAGGCAAAAAAUAUACCUUCUCAAGUGAUUCUCGACGCAGCCGUGGGCUACUUUAUGAGCCAGGUCGAUCUGGUGUUGGUUGGUGCCGAGGGCGUUGUAGAGAAUGGCGGCCUUGUCAACCAGGUUGGAAGCUUCCAGAUUGCCGUGCUAGCACAGUCUGCACAUAAGCCGUUUUAUGCGCUGGCCGAAUCGUACAAGUUUGUUCGACUGUUUCCGCUGGGGCAGGAAGAUCUUACGCGACUGCUUGCUUCGGAGAUCACAAAAGGUGGUACCCAUGGGUACGUUGAUAAGCAUGUUGUUGAGCCCGUGGCAUCCACUGGCAUACAGAAGACUCCCUGGUUUGUGACCGGGAAUUCGGUUAUUGCAUCACACGACGAUUAUCCGUUAGUCGAUUACACCCCUCCUUCAUACAUAACCUUGCUCUUUACAGAUCUCGGAGUACUCACCCCAUCUGGCGUCAGCGACGAGCUCAUCAAAUUUUACUAUUAG